AAAUCAAAGAGAUUCUUUUACAUUUUUUAUUUCCUUUGUUGCUUUAGUAAGACCUGGCUUCCUCCUUUUCCUUUUUUUCACAUCUUCACACUCACUUUUUAUGCAUUGCAUUGCCUUUGAGAACUUGAACCCUUGUGUAAGUUUCCCAAGAGUCUUGUCUUUCUUCUCUAAGUUUGAUUUGAGCCUCUACUUCUUUGAUCCAUUCACUAAAAUACUUGUCUGGAUUUCGUGUCUGUGUCUGUGCCAGUGCUGCAUAAUAACUACUCGUUUUUUGACUUUGAGAAAUUGAUGCGAGGAAACUGAGUUUUGGUUGCAUUGUUAAGUUAAUAAUAUAUAAGAAGAAUGGCAGGAGGUGGAGCUGCACCACAACCAAAACAAGAUGAACUUCUUCCACAUCCAGUUAAAGAUCAAUUACCAAAUGUUUCUUAUUGCAUUACAAGUCCUCCUCCAUGGCCCGAGGCAAUCCUACUUGGCUUUCAACAUUACCUUGUGAUGCUUGGAACAACUGUUCUAAUUCCAAGCUCUCUAGUUCCUCAAAUGGGAGGAGGAAAUGAAGAGAAAGCAAAAGUGAUUCAGACUCUACUAUUUGUAGCCGGAAUUAACACAUUUUUCCAAACAACAUUCGGGACUCGUCUUCCUGCAGUUAUUGGAGGAUCCUACACUUUUGUUCCAACAACUAUUUCAAUUAUUUUGGCCGCUCGUUAUAGCGACAUUGUUAAUCCUCACGAGAAGUUUGAGAAGAUAAUGAGGGGAACACAAGGUGCACUUAUAGUUGCUUCAACACUUCAAAUUGUUCUUGGUUUUAGUGGACUUUGGCGCAAUGUAGUGAGGUUCUUAAGUCCUCUAUCCGCAGUUCCCUUGGUUGCUCUCUCAGGCUUUGGACUGUACGAAUUCGGAUUUCCUGUGCUUGCAAAAUGUGUGGAGAUUGGACUACCAGAAAUCAUCAUCCUAGUAGUGUUUUCGCAGUACAUUCCUCACAUGAUGAAAGGAGAAAAGCCGAUCUUUGAUCGAUUUGCAGUUAUAUUCUCGGUUUCAAUUGUGUGGCUUUAUGCUUAUCUUCUUACUGUUGGUGGAGCUUACAAAAACUCAGCACCUAAAACCCAAAUUACAUGUAGGACGGAUCGCGCUGGAAUUAUAGGCGGUGCUCCUUGGAUAAGAGUCCCGUAUCCGUUUCAAUGGGGAGCUCCAACAUUUGAUGCUGGCGAAACUUUUGCUAUGAUGGCUGCUUCACUUGUUGCUCUAGUAGAGUCAACUGGUGCAUUCAUUGCCGUGUCAAGGUAUGCCAGUGCAACUCCGAUUCCACCUUCGGUUCUUAGCAGAGGUGUAGGCUGGCAGGGAGUUGGAAUAAUGUUGUCUGGGAUAUUUGGGACAGGAAAUGGAUCAUCAGUUUCUGUGGAAAAUGCAGGACUAUUAGCUUUGACACGCGUAGGUAGCCGAAGGGUUGUUCAAAUAUCCGCCGGAUUCAUGAUCUUUUUCUCAAUUUUAGGAAAAUUCGGAGCUGUAUUUGCUUCAAUUCCAGCACCUAUAGUUGCAGCUUUAUAUUGCCUAUUCUUUGCUUAUGUGGGCUCUGCAGGUCUUAGCUUCCUUCAAUUUUGCAAUUUAAACAGUUUUAGAACAAAGUUCAUCUUAGGCUUCUCUAUUUUCAUGGGAUUCUCCAUACCACAAUAUUUCAAUGAGUACACAGCAUUUAAAGGCUAUGGUCCCGUACACACGCGCGCAAGAUGGUUCAACGACAUGAUCAAUGUUCCGUUUGCGUCUGAACCAUUUGUUGCUAGUUUCUUGGCGUUGUUCUUAGACGUAACGUUGCAUAAGAAAGACAACCAAACAAGAAAAGAUAGAGGAAUGCAUUGGUGGGAUAAGUUUCGGUCUUUUAAGACAGAUACAAGGAGUGAAGAAUUUUAUUCACUUCCUUUCAAUCUUAACAAGUUUUUUCCUUCUGUGUAGUUAGUUGUUCUUAGAAUUGUUGCAUGGUGAUUUUAAGGUAUAGUCUUGAAGUAUUUUGUUGUGGGUUAUGCUUCUCAUUUUCAAUGUGAAGAAACAUAAUAACUGUCAUUUUAUUUGUAGCUACAUGCUUAUAUAUUGUACUCAUAGCAAUAUCAGUUGUCAUAGUUGUUAUAUUUUUUUA